GCAGUUGGCUGCCAGUAAAUAACAAAAGAAGGAGAUAGCUUUGUGUUUAUGGUCUUUACAGAUAAACUUUUGCACUUCUAUGAAAAUGUCUAAAUUACAGCAGCUGAAAGCGUUUGUUAACGAGCGACUGAUGGCGGCAGCGGAAGAAAUAUUUGGCGCUGUAGAAAAAACCAUGAUGGAGUUUGAAAGUGAGUUUUAUGUGUCGCAAGAGACUGUGAAACACGGUGGGAUGCUAACGCUAACUGAAGGAUUGAAGCAGGAGCCGCAGACAGAAACGUACACAACAGUGUCCCGGGACAUGGCUGAGAGUGAGACAGAAGCUUCCAAAAAGACAGUAAAUGAAAACAACGAUCAGACAGUUGUGAAGCAGAGCGCACCAAACCCAGUGCUUCAGGAGCUCCAGGAACACUGGCCCAACAAAGAUGAAGCCAACCUGACGGUCUUGUUACAGAGUGACAUUGUCGCUUCCCUCUAUGGGUCUUGUUCUAAUUAUAAUCAGAACUGUCAGUCAUCUCAAAACCAAAAUGUGUGCAGCAUAAAAGAUCUUCUCUCUCCAACUGAGGGAUUGAAAUCAGAGGAGAAAGACGAUUAUAAUGAGUUGGAAUUGGGUAUUUUAUCCAAGCCAGAUUCUUUAGAUUGUGGGGAUGAAAGUGAUGACGGUGAUGCCGAAUGGACGGUACAAAGGUGAACGACACUAACACUGAAGAAAAAGACAAAACGACAAAACAGGCCUCAGCAUGUUAACUCACAAUCAAACAAUACAGAUCUUUGUUAUCCUCCAAGCAACGCAGCACCUGGACAAACUGUUGAAUUGUUUAGAAAGAUGUGGCCCAAACGUUUGUUACGUCUGUGGCAAACAUUACUAUGAAGGCCAUUU